AUGGCUAAACCAUCGACAUCUUCAGAGAAACAGAGUAUUGCUUCCGAACCGAAACCUGAUCCCAUCCCACGAACUACCGUUCCCGUGCCAUUUAAAUUCUCCACGAGGAAACCGAUAGUGAAUACGUUUUCUACUAAAUUUGUAGAGGAGAUGAUUGCCAGAAAAAAACAAGAGGAGGAAGAAGAAACUCAGGGCAGUAAACCAAAGCCCUUCAAAGCCCACGCCGUUCCAAAGUCGACCUAUGUGCCCACAAAUCCUAGGGUGGCGGACCAGGCCUAUGUGGAGGCAAUUCGGAGACGAUUGGCAGGAAAUCUGCGGAAGCACUUCCAACAGGCAUUGUUGGCAAGAAAGUCGAAAAGCAUGGGUGACAUUGCAGGUAUAGCUGCUCGACCAGUACCACUAUCGACGUACUUGCCUCCGUUGAAGCUUCCUGAAUAUCGUCGAGCUAGAAGUGCUGGGCAUAGGGCUGUGAAACUAUUAACGGAGGCAAAAUCCCCGCCCAAUGUUAAGGAGCACACAAUUCGAACCCGUGUGUCCACAAAAGUACGACACUCUCAAUGCGCUGGAAAAGAGAAUCAUGAAAGAUUACGUCGUCAGCCAGUGCCUGAUUUUCAGAAACUGCACGCUGAGUUAGAAGAAAGGAUUAAGAAAGCAUCUCACAUGCCUGUGACGAUUCCACGACCAUUUCGUCUUACUAGCUCAGAGACGCACCUUCAUCGGAAGUGCAAGUCUUCAUCUCCGCCACAGCGGCGCUCCAGAAAUAUACGACGAGUAUCGCGAGAAAACAUUGUCGUAAGGCCUACACAUUCUUCGAAAAUUCGUUUAGAAGCUGCGAGAAAGCGUCAGGAAAGAUUCAACAUGGAUCGCAACCGUUCUGAACGAUUCUGGGAAGAUAAAAGAGACGAAAUGGUAUUGAACCGGUUGAAGGUGCUCUCCUCGAUUGGUUCUGUUGGAAAUCUCAACGAGGAGAUCGAGAGAAAAACCGCCGAGAAAAGGUACUUGGACGGUCCGUCUUCACGAGCUGUGCAGACCCCAGCACAUAUGCCAUUCGUUCGUUUCUCUCGCAAUCGCAGUCCAUGGUGGUGGUCUUGUUCGAGCAUGGCAGCGCUUGCGUGUCUCACACCAUGA